AUGUUAAAUGUUAAUAUUGAUUUCUAUUAUUGUGAUCCUCAACCAGAAGACGUGGACAUAAAUAAGGUAGACUUUCCAUUAGUGGAAUCAAUAAUGAUAGAUCCAGAAUUUGAAACAGUAAAUAUUUUAUUAACACAGAGUCCAUGUGGAAAACUUCACGCUGACAGAAUAACAGACGUUGAAGCACUCACCGGCUAUAAAGUUUGUCUAUAUUGUAAAGAAGAAGUUUAUUCUAUCCGUGAUGAUCCAGAAAGGAAAAACCAAAGAAGAUUUUUAAAGCAUUGUGAGAAAUGUAAAGAAAAUAAUGGAAGAUUAAUUCAAGACGUUCAAUUGCAAAAGACCCAGCAACCAUAUGCACCACAUAUUACGAAACAGAAGAUAUAUCAGUGGUUAUUAGCUCACAAUUUGCAGAAAUAUUAUAAACCGACAAGAUAUUAUAUUACUUUUGACUUUGAAACAUUAGAGACUAAAGAAGAAUUACAACUUUCUGAGUGUGCAACUUUGAACGCUUACUUAAAACCAUUCAUGGUAUCAUCAACGGUUAAAUUAAACGAUAAAACAUAUACGAGGAAUUUUUGCUUAACUUCGAGUGAUUCUUUUAUUUCUGAUUGGAUUGAGUUUUUAUUUUCAACCUGUUCAUUAGUUGUUGAAUCAAAUAUGAGUCAAUACAAUGAAUUAUUGAAGUCGCAAACGGCGGGGACUUUGUCCCAUACAUUAAAUGAAAAACAGAAGGAAGCAUUUAAAGAACUUCUAGAUGAGGAAUUCAAUAAAGUGAAUAUCAUAGGUUUUAAUUCGGGAAAGUUUGAUUUAAAUUUAAUUCUUCGUGAUUUAAACACUGCAAAAUGGAAAAUAAAAUCAAUGCUGGGUUCAUCUUCACAAUUUAAGCAAAUCAUUGUAAAGAAAACAAACGCUCCAUAUGAAUUGAGAUUUAUUGACAUCAGAAAUUAUAUAGCGGGUGGGACAUUAGACCAAUUCACUCAAGAUUUCGGAAACAAUAAAUCACGUGUUAAAUCCUUUUUCCCUUAUCAAUUUAUCACAUGGGAGAAUUCCGAAGAAGAAUUAUAUAAAGAGGAACCAUUCACGAAAGAUUCAUUUUAUUCAGCAUUAACUCAAGAAACUAUAUCAGAUAGUGAUUAUCAAAUAUAUCUCAAUGAUGCUAAAAAUUUUAAGAAUAGAUUAGAAUAUUUUAUUCAUUAUUGCAAUAAAGAUGUUGAAAUUAUGAUUGACCCAAUCGAUAAAAUUAUUGAAGAAACAUUUGUUUAUAAAAUUGAUAUGCUUCAUAAUCUUUCUUUAUCAUCGAAUGCUUCAAUGAUUCGUUACGCUUUAGCAUAUAAAGACUUUAAUCCUAAUGAAAAAUAUCCUGAGGAAGAGAUAGAAUCAAGUUUUGAAUUAACGAAAAAGUAUUGGAAAUAUAAAAUUGAAUCAUAUAAGAAACAAGAUGAAAAAGCAGAAAGGGAUACUAAAAAUAAUGUUUCAAUGGAUGAUUUUCAAUACUAUCACGAUUUAAUCCUUUCAUCUAAAUGCAAAAUGUGUGGUAAAGCGUUUACAUAUGCAAAUAAACCAACAUUGGAUAGAAUCGAUAAUGAAAAACCACAUACCAAAGAAAAUUGUCAGUUAAUGUGUUGUUAUUGCAAUGUCGUAAAAUCAAAUAAAGAUGAAGAUGUUCAACGUUUAAGAAUCAAUUUAAGAAAUUACGCAUUAAAAAAUAAUUUACCAAUGACUUUAGAUUCAGUUGAAGCUUAUCACAUUCUCCAUAAUGGAAUUACUGGUGGUUUAUCAAAUGUUCAACAUAGAGUAAAUCUUAAAGGAAUCACGCACAUUAAUAAACUUUCAUAUAAUCCAGAAACUAAAACUGUAUCAAAUGAGGACACUUCCAACAUCAUGACUCAUUUCGUUGGUGUUGAUUUUAAUUCAUUAUAUCCUUCAUCAUUUUCAUCUAAUCCUCAUGAUUUCAUUCAAUAUACUGACCAUAAAAUGUAUAUGCCGGGAAGAUUGAAUGGUGUUAUCAUUUGUGAUACAGCAACAAAGAAAGCAAAAGCACUGGGAAUAAUUAAGAAGAAAAUACUUUAUUCGUGGCUGAAGUAA